UCAGCUAGACUUCUGACACAGAACCAGACUAGAGCAUCAGAGACUAGAGCAUCAGAGACUAGAGCAUCAGAGACUAGAGCAUCAGAGACCAGAGCAUCAGAGACCAGAGCAUCAGAGACCAGGACAUCAGAGACCAGAGCAUCAGAGACCAUCUCAGACAAUACAAUCUUCAGCAUCUCAACCAUCUCUGAACCAUGAAGACCCUGACUGCUCUACUCCUCCUGGGACUGCUCUGCUCCCUCCAUAAGACGUCUGCACAGGGUGUCAUGGGGAUUUCAGCAAUGAGUGCCAUAGACUGCUGUGUGAAGUUCCACACGAAGAGGAUCCCUCUUGGUGCAGUGAUUUCAGUUUCCAGAACCCCUAGUAGCUGCCCUCGCCAAGCACUGGUGUUUACAACAAAGAAAAAGAUUCGAUAUUGUGUCGACCCAUCUCAGGCCUGGGUCCAGAGUCAUGUGACCAAGAUUGAGAGCAGAUCGAUGACGUCAUCAACCACCAUCGCCACAAACUAACUGCCAUAGCUGUCAGAUCUGUCAAGAAAAUAAAAUAUUAUAUUUUUGUUGUAAAUACAGUAAUAUUAUUUAAUUCUUAU